GCUUUUUCACUGAUUCCGCUUCCGGUUUGUGCAGGAAGACAUUCCCCUCAAAGAUUCAGUAGCGUCCGACGCUUUUCUGUCGUUUUGCGCUACAAUUUUUUCUGAUUUCGGUGGAGGAUUUAAUCUCAAAAUCCACCGCCAGCAUGAAACUCGUCAGGUUUUUGAUGAAACUGAGUCAUGAAACUGUCACUAUUGAGCUGAAGAAUGGCACACAGGUCCAUGGCACUGUUACAGGUGUGGAUGUCAGUAUGAACACUCACCUCAAAGCUGUGAAGAUGACCCUCAAAAACAGAGAGCCCACUCAGCUGGAGUCUCUCAGCAUCCGUGGCAACAACAUCCGCUACUUCAUCCUUCCCGACAGUCUUCCACUGGACACGCUGCUGGUCGACAUCGAGCCCAAAGUCAAGUCAAAGAAGAGAGAGGCUGCGGCUGGCCGCGCUCGAGGAAGAGGACGGGGUCGAGGCCGAGGAAGAGGACGCGGACGCGGCGGGCCCAGGAGAUAAACCUCUCGAGCCACUGUACAUUUGUGUGCUUUGUACAGCAAUUAUUUUCUAUUUUCAUUUGGAAAAUAUUUAGUUUCUCGAUUGUUUGAAUUUUGUACAUUAAAUUCAUUUCUUUUGAAAACUG